CUACCCAACACCCGAAACUCCGACGCCCUGUUUCAAUUCAAAAAAACGUACCAAUCCAUCCUCUCGCUUUAUCACAGAAUUUUUGCUUCAUUUCUGGGAAAAACAAAGUCAGGAAAGUAAAUAAAAAAUUAAAAAAAAAAGAAAAAGUGAGGACCUUACAAAAACAGUUCCUAUUUCCAACUCCCGAAAUAUUUUUGCAGAGGAAAAAAAAAAAAAAAGGUCGAGUAAGAAUAAGAUGGUGGGUGUUUGGAUAAGGUGAGGAAGAUUGGGGGAAUUAUAAAUAUAUAUGGGAAGGGGUUCGGAAUCGGAGUCGGGGUCGGACUCGAAUGGAUGGAGCCGAGCUCGAGGUUUGGUGGUGAAGACUCUGGUGCUUAUUGGGGGCGCCAUUUUGCUCAAGCGAUUAACCAAAUCCACGACUCGCUGGGACCACGCUAGAAUCGUUGCUCGUUCUCUUAGCGGCGAAAAGUUCUCGAGGGAGCAAGCGUCUAGAGAUCCGGAUAAUUACUUCAACAUCAGAGCACUUACUUGCCCAGCAGCAGAGAUGGUGGAUGGUUCUAAAGUUUUAUAUUUAGAACAGGCAUUUUGGAGGACUCCUCAGAAACCCUUUCGGCAGAGGUUUUACAUGGUGAAGCCUUGUCCAAAAGAUCUGAAAUGUGAUGUUGAGGUAAGUUCAUAUGCAAUUAGAGAUGUGGAGGAGUACAAGAAUUUUUGUGAUCGCCCAAGGGAUCAACGCCCGCUACCUGAAGAAGUUAUUGGUGAUAUUGCAGAACAUCUGACAACCAUAUAUCUCAAACGCUGUGAAAGGGGGAAACGUUGUUUAUAUGAAGGUUCAACUCCACCAGGUGGAUUCCCAAAUUCAUGGAAUGGAGCAACAUACUGCACUUCAGAACUUUCAAUUUUAAAGAAUAAUGAGAUACAUACCUGGGAUAGGGGUUAUGAUGAUGAUGGAAAUCAGGUCUGGGGAGUGAAGGAAGGUCCUUAUGAGUUCAAGCCUGCACCUGCCUCUAGCUUCAAUGGCAUGUUUUCGCCUCUAAAUUUCCCCCCUUCAGAGCCCAUGGAGAAAAGAAUAGAGGGUUCGUUUGUCUUGCAGGAAUGAUUUUGUUGUUAUACAUUUGUACUUUGUAAAUUAUACGUCCCUUACAUAAGCUCGAGUGAAGCUCGCUGACUGUACUGUUAGUUAUAUCUUUACCGAUUUUGGGUCAAGUAAUUAUAGAUACAAUGCUGUACACAAGAAACAUUAUGCAGUACGCAGUGAAACCUUUGGUGAGGCACACAGAAUAUGGCAAAGUGCGGGAUUCAGGAGUUAA